CAUCUGAGAAACUUGCUGUAAUUUGUAAAGCAAAAAAGAUUAGUGUUUUAGCUGCAUUACCUUCAUUUUAUCUGGCUGCUGAAGAAGAACUUAUUAAGUGGUUAAAUAAACUUCAUUUAGCUGGAAUUGCUGUAAUUGCAGAAGCAUGGGCUGAUAUUCCUAUAGAAAUGAUUACUAGAUUAUUUAAAAAAUGUGGUAUUUCUAAUGAAUUAGAUGGUACUGAAGAUAAUUUGUUAUAUGACUUGGAUAAAGAAAAUUAUAAUAGUGAAGAUUCAUUAGAAAUAGUUAAUGAAGAUA